AUGAGCUCUGCUGCGGAGAUGGCCAUUUUUGGAGAAGCAGCUCCCUACCCGCGGAAAUCAGAGAAGGAGAGAAUCGAGGCUCAAACUCGCCCAUUUGAUUCUAAGAAAGCUUGCUUUGCAGUGGAUGAUAAGGAAUUUUAUGUGAAAGGUAUGAUCCAGAGCAAGGAAAAUGACAAAGUCACAGUCAAGACCUCAAUAUCUCAAUAACUCACUCUGAACAGUGAACAGGUGUUCCCCAUGAACCCCCCCAAAUUUGACAAGAUCGAGGAUAUGGCCAUGAUGACCCACCUGCACGAGCCAGCAGCCAACCUCAAAGAGCGUCACGCAGCCUGGAUGAUCUACACCUACUCGGGCCUCUUCUGUGUCACCGUCAACCCCAAGCGGCUGCCGGUGUACAACCCCGAGGUGGUGACGGCCUACAGAGGCAAAAAGCGCCAGGAGGCCCUGCCCCACAUCUUCUCCAUCUCUGACAACGCCUUUCAGUUCAUGCUGACUGAUCGAGACAAUGAGUCCACCCUCAUCACCGGAGAAUCCGGGGCUGGGAAGACAGUGAACACGAAGCGUGUCGUCCAGUACUCUGCAACAAUUGCGGUCACUGGGGAGAAGAGGAAGGAGCAGCGGCCGGGCAAGAUGCAGGGAACCCUGGAAGACCAGAUCAUCCAGGCCAACCCCCUCCUGGAGGCCUUUAGAAAGGCCAAGACCGUGAGGAAUGACAACUCCUCGAGAUUCGGGAAGCUCAUUCGCAUUCACUUUGGGGCCACAGGAAAGCUGGCAUCAGUGGCCAUUGAAACCUAUCUCUUAGAAAAAUCCAGGGUGACAUUUCAGUUAUCCCGUGAGAGAAGCUAUCAUAUUUUUUACCAAAUCAUGUCAAACAAGAAACCGGAACUUAUCGACCUGCUUCUCAUUUCAACCUACCCCUUUGACGUCCCCUUUGUGAGCCAAGGAGAGGUCACCGUGGCCACUAUUGACGACAGUGAGGAACAGUUGGCCACUGAUAAUGACACUGACAUCCUGGGCCUCAGCUCAGAGGAGGAAGUUGGGAUCUACAAGCUCACAGGCGCCGUGAUGCACUACGGGAACAUGAAAUUCAGGCAGAAACAGAGGGAAGCGCAGGCAGAGCCAGGCGGCACCGAAGUUUCUCCUCCUCCUUCAAUGGCUGACAAAGCUGGGUACCUGAUGGGUCUGAAUUCUGCAGAAAUGCUGAAAGGCCUGUGCUGUCCAAGGGUGAAGGUUGGGAACGAAUAUGUCACUAAAGGGCAAAAUGUCCAGCAGGUGACCAAUUCGGUGGGCACUCUGGCCAAAGCCGUCUACGAGAAGAUGUUCCUGUGGAUGGUCACCCGCAUCAACCAGCAGCUGGACACCAAGCAGCCCAGGCAGUACUUCACUGGGGUCUUGGACAUCGCUGGCUUUGACAUCUUUGAUUUCAACAGCCUGGAGCAGCUGUGCAUCAACGUCACCAACGAGAAGCUGCAGCAGUUCUUCAACCACCACAUGUUCGUGCUGGAGCAGGAGGAGUACAAGAAGGAGGGCAUCGAGUGGGAGUUCAUCGACUUCGGGAUGGACCUGGCCGCCUGCAUGGAGCUCCUCGAGAAGCCGAUGGGCAUCUUCUCCAUCCUGGAAGAGGAGUGCAUGUUCCCCAAGGCCACAGACACCUCCUUCAAGAACAAGCUGUAUGACCAGCACCUGGGCAAGUCCAACAACUUCCAGAAGCCCAAGCCUGCCAAAGGCAAGGCUGAGGCCCACUCCUCCCUGAUCCACUACGCGGGCACCGUGGACUACAACAUUGCCGGCUGGCUGGACCAGAACAAAGAACCCCUGAACGAGACCGUGCUUGGCCUGUACCAGAAGUCUUCGCUGAAGCUGCUGUCCUUCCUUUUUUCCAACUAUGCUGGUGCAGAAGCAGGCUACGCUGGGGUGAGCGAGAAGGGCGGGAGGAAGAAGGGCUCCUCUUUCCAGACCGUGUCCGCUGUGUUCAGGGAAAAUUUAAACAAAUUGAUGGCCAAUUUAAGAAGCACCCAUCCUCACUUUGUGCGAUGUCUGAUUCCCAAUGAGACCAAGACUCCUGUCCUAAUGAUGCACAGGGACUCCAUCUUCUGCAUCCAGUACAACAUCCGAUCUUUCAUGAACAUCAAGCACUGGCCCUGGAUGAACCUGUUCUUCAAGAUCAAGCCCCUGCUGAAGAGUGCGGAGGCCUAGAAGGAGAUGGCCACCAUGAAGGAAGAAUUUGAGAGAGCCAACGAAGAACUGGCCACAUCUGAGGCUCAUCGGAAGGAACUGGAGGAGAAAAUGGUGUCCCUGCGGCAGGAAAAUAAUGACCUCCAGCUGCACGUCCAGUCUGAGACCAGGAGCCUGAUGGAUGCCGAGGAACGGUGCGAGGGGCUCAUCAAAAGGAAGAUUCAGCUGGAGGCCAAAGUGAAGGAGGUAAACGAGAGGCUGGAAGAGGAGGGGGGGAUGAAUUCUGAACUGGUUGCCAAGAAGAGGAACCUGGAAGAUAAAUGCUCCUCCCUCAAAACAGACACUGACGACCUGGAGCUGGCCCUGACGGAGGUGGAGAAGGAGAAGCACGCCCCGGAGAACAAGGUAAAGAAUCUUUCAGAAGAAAUGACAGCACUUGAAGAAAACAUUUCCAAACUGACAAAGAAAUCUCUGCAGGAAGCCCAUCAGCAAACAUUGGAGGAUCUUCAGGUUGAAGAAGACAAAGCCAGUGGUCUCACCAAAAUAAAAGUCAGGCUGGAGCAGCAAGCAGACGACGUGAGGAUAUUUUAUUACUACAGUAACGCGGAAAGAAUGUGCCAGACUGUGGAAGAUCAAUUUAAUGAAGUCAAGGCCAAGGAUGACCAACAGACACAGUUAAUCCAUGAUCUGAACAUGCAGAAGGCGAGGCUGCAGACCCAAAAUGGGGAGCUGAGCCACCAAGUGGAAGAGAAGAAGGCUCUGAUUUCACAACUAACCGAAAGCAAGCAGGCCCUCACCCAGCAGCUGGAGGAGCUUAAGAGGCAGCUAGAAGAAGAAACCAAGGCCAAGAGCGCCCUGGCCCACGCCCUGCGGUCCUCCCACCACGACUGUGACCUGCUGCGGGAACAGUAUGAGGAGGAGCAGGAAGCCAAGGCCGAGAUGCAGAGGGCGCUGUCCAAGGCCAACAGCGAGGUGGCCCAGUGGAGGACCAAAUACGAGACGGACGCCAUCCAGCGCACAGAGGAGCUGGAGGAGGCCAAGAAAAAACUGGCCCAGAGGCUCCAGGAAGCAGAGGAAAACACAGAGGCUGUGAGCUCCAAGUGUGCUUCCUUGGAGAAAACCAAGCAGAGGCUCCAGGGAGACGUGGACGACCUGAUGCUGGAUUUGGAGCAGGCCAACACCGCCUGCGCCUGCCUGGACAAGAAGCGGAGGAACUUCGAUGAGGUCCUCGCAGAGUGGAAACAAAAAUUGGAUGAGAGUCAAGCUGAGCUGGAAGCUGCUCAGAAAGAGUCUAGGUCACUUAGUACUGAAAUCUUCAAGAUGCGCAAUGCCUACAAGCAGGUGGUGGGUCAGUUAGAGACACUGAGACCGGAGAACAAAAUUCUGCAAGGUGAAAGAGAUGACUUAACCAUGCAGAUUGCGGAAAUGAGCACGAAUCUUCAGGAAGUGGAGAAGACCAAGAAGCAAGUGGAAGAAAAGUCAGACCUCCAGGCUGCCCUAGAAGAGGUGGAGGGUUCCUUGGAGCAUGAAGAGAGCAAGAUUUUGCGUGUCCAGCUAGAGUUGAACCAGGUGAAAUCCGAGCUUGAGAUCACUGAGAAGGACAGAGAAAUCGAGCAGCUGAAAAGAAACAGCCAGCAGGCAGCAGAGGCCAUGCAGAGCGCGCUGGAUGCUGAGAUCCGGAGCCGGAAUGAUGCUCUGAGGCUGAAGAAGAAGAUGGAGGGGGACCUCAGUGAGAUGGAGAUUCAGCUGCGCCACUCCAACCGCCAGGUGGCAGAGACCCAGAAACACCUGUGCUCAGUCCGGGGCCAGCUCAAGGACACCCAACUGCAUCUGGAUGAUGCCCUGAGGGGCAAUGAGGACCUCAAGGGGCAGCCAGCCAUCGUGGAGCGCAGGAAUGGCCUCUUGCUGGAGGAGCCGGAGGAGAGCAAGGUGGCCCUGGAGCAGACGGAGCAGACCCGUAAGCUGUCGGAGCAGGGGCUGCUGGAUGCCAGCGACCGAGUGCAGCUCCUUCACUCCCAGAACACGUGCCUGAUAAAUAGCAAGAAAAAACUGGAAGCUGACAUAGCCCAAUGCCAGGCAGAGGUGGAGAACUCUAUCCAGGAGUCCAAACAGGCAGAGGAGAAGGCCAGGAAGGCCAUCACGGAUGCGGCCAUGAUGGCCGAGGAGCUGAAGAAGGAGCAGGACACCAGCGCCCACCUGGAGCGCAUGAAGAAGAACCUGGAGCAGACGGUGAAGGACCUGCAGCACCGCCUGGACGAGGCUGAGCAGCUGGCCCCGAAGGGCGGGAAGAAGCAGAUCCAGAAGCUGGAGGCGCGGGUGGGGUGGCGGGAGGGGACUCUCACUCCCAGACUGACACCAGCUCAGCCGCCUCUGGCAGAACCACAGUCCAGAAACUUAGGUGGCGGGGAAUUGGGCACUGAGUCGACUCCUGACCUCUGUGCUCUCUUCUGGGAGCAGGAGUCACAUAGCGGGCUAGAGGCUGAGCAGAAGAGGGAAGCCCAGGCGCUGAAGGGCGCGCACAGAUACGAACGGAAGAUCAAGGAAAUGACUUACCAGGCCGAGGAGGACCGCAAGAACAUACUCAGGCUCCAGGACCUGGUGGACAAGCUGCAGGCCAAAGUGAAGGCUUCCAGGAAGCAGGCGGAGGAGGCCAUGAGUAGGGGGUCCCGGGGAGAGGAGCAGGCUAACACGCAGCUGUCCAGGAGCCGGAGGGUCCAGCGCGGGCUGGAGGAGGCCGAGGAACGGGCGGACAUCGCCGAGUCCCAGGUCAACAAGCUGCGGGCCAAGAGCCGCGACAUGGGGGCCCAGGUGAGAGCAGACUUCCUCCCCAGACGUCCUAGGACCCAGGACCAGGCAGCACCCAGCAGAGUUUGGAGGGUGCCUGUCAGUGCACCUUCCCCGCUGCUGGUCGUGCAGCCACAAAAGUCACUGCUUUAG